AUGCGCAGCACUGUCAACCGUAGAAUCACCAGAGGAGCAGGUCUCCGCCGCGGUCCUUUCGAUCGUCCAGACCGCAUCACACGCCGUGUAUGGGGAGACGAGCGAGAUCUUCCCCGAGCAUGCAGGAGAAUUACGGAAGGAGAGUAUAAUGUUUCCGGACGACGCGCCCCACGCAUCCAUGAUCAGCGCAAAGACCUCGACCACAACAAGUACUAUCGUGGACGCUUCACUUCCGGCACCAUCAUCGGCUGGUACACUCAUGAUCAAGACGACUGGGAGAAUCGUAAAGUCAAGACUCUCCUCCGUCGCAAGCUCACCCUGAGAACCCACCAUCUCUCCAAAGAAACCAAAGCCCGCUACCUUAAACUCAAACAAGGCUACAUCUCGACUGAUUCGAUUCUGACUGAGAUCGAACAAAAUCAGAUUCGAACGAGUUAUGCGAAUGCUUUGGCUGCCGCGCAGUACUCUCACGAGGACGAGUACAAGGAGAGGAGGGCGUUGUGGCGACAGCAAAAGCAACAGGAGAGGGAAGAGGCGGAAAAGGCGAAAUUGCAAGCUAUCUUGAAGGCACUGGGCGGUCGCAAAGGUGCUGCUGUGCCUACACCUACGCCGGCUCCUGCUCCUGCUCCUGUAGAUGUGUCUAAGGUAGACUCUGGCCGUGCGACUCCAGCUAAAUCACAAGAAGAUGCUCGCGGGCAGACGGAAUUUGAGAAGACCUUGGGCGGCAUCGCGAAGUGA